AUGGCAGCUCGUCCGUUCAGCCUUCCUAUAGUGCUUCGCAACAUCGAUGCCUCGCUCCCGCCAAACCCCCCACAGCUCAAAACCCCCCACGAUGCCAUCGCGGUCUUUGUACAUGCCUGCAUGCUCUCUGUAGGCUUCCGUCUCGUUGGUCUCAGCGAAGACGACCAUCUUGAACCUGCAAUCGAAGGCUCAAACCCACAGCCACUCCCCGAGACCUGGAACGCCAGCCCCGGAAACUACGGCUUCCGCUACGCCCACGCCCAGUCGCCACUAAACUACCUAAUCAAAGUCAACCGUCUGGGCAACAAGACCAUCAUCAUGGGCCUCGGCCUCGGCGACGGCAAUGAUAAGACAGCCACCUUCGACAUCCCCACCAAGGACUACCUCAAAGACGACUUCUUCCCGUACACCCUGCAGCCCACGCAGCCGCUCGAAAACGCCUUCGUCAGCGCAUCAAACAUCUCCGACCUCGCCGCCCUCGUGAAGAUCCACAUCGUCCAGAACCUCAUCGGGAAGCAGGCCCUCCAGGAAUCGGAAGAAAACGCCGCCUCCGCAUCACGACAGCAGCAACAGCAGCAACAGCAGCAACCACGCAACCAGCCAAGAGAGGACUUUGACGAGUCGCCCUACAGGGCCGACCCCCUGCGGUACCCCCCGCGUCCGGCCAACCCGCCCAUUCCAGCCGGUGGCGAGAGGCCGCCAGGCUUCGACGACGAGUACGAGAUCCUACAGCCGCCCCGCGGCGGCGGUGGCGGCUAUGGAAAUGCCGGUGGGCGCCAUCCGCUCUCUAUUGGUGCCGACGACCUGAACCCACCUGGCCUAGGGUCAAACCCGCCGCUACGAGGCCCGUUCUUCGGCGAAGGGCGCGGAGGUGGGUUUGAUGGCGGAAUGGGACCGAUGGGCGGGAUGCACCCGACGGGGGAUCACCCCAUGUUUGGGGGCCAGGGUGGUGAGGGGGUCCCGGAUCCGAGGUUUCCGCCGGGAGCGAGGUAUGAUCCGGUUGGGCCGGGGGAUGCGCCUAUGGGUGGGCUGAGGGGCCCGAGAGGUCCUGGUCGGGGCGGGCCGCCGUUUGGUGGUGGGUUUGGAGGUGGGUUUGGAGGCGGGUUUGGAGGGUUUGGGGGCGGUAAUGACUUUAUUUAA